GUUCUUAGUUUUUAGAGGCUGUCUUGAAAUUGCUUCAUGUGAAUUAGAGAAAUCGAGAUAGAACCCCCGCAAGUCUUCUUAACAUAAUCAAUCACUGAGUUCAAAGCUUUCAAUAGGAAGCAUAAGAUGACAGUGAUCGACAUUUUAACUAGAGUGGACGCGAUCUGCAAGAAGUACGACAAAUAUGACAUCCAAAAGCAGAAGGAUUCUAAUGUUUCCGGCGAGGAUGCCUUCGCCCGUCUCUACGCCGCCGCUGAAGCUGACAUUGAAGCCGCUCUGCAGAAAGCAGAGUUAGCUUCAAACGAGAAGAAUAGGGCAUCUGCAGUUGCUCUGAAUGCCGAGAUUCGGAGGAUCAAGGCUCGAUUGCUGGAGGAGGUCCCAAAAUUGCAGCGGCUGGCGCUAAAGAAGGUCAAAGGGCUUUCCUCAGAAGAGUUUGCUGCUCGUAAUGAUUUGGUCCUUGCAUUGCCAGAUCGGAUUCAAGCAAUACCAGAUGGAACUACAGGAGCACCCAAACAAGGUGGGGGCUGGACAUCUUCUGCCUCUCGUGCUGAAGUCAAGUUUGAUUCAGAUGGACAGUUUGAUGAUGAAUACUUUCAACAUUCAGAGUCAUCAAGUCAAUUUAGGCAGGAGUAUGAGAUGAGGAAAAUUAAGCAGGAUCAAGGUCUGGAUAUGAUUUCAGAAGGUUUGGAUACACUGAAAAACAUGGCUCAAGAUAUGGAUGAGGAAUUGGAUAGACAAGUGCCGUUGAUGGAUGAAAUUGAUACCAAGGUUGACAAGGCCACUUCUGACCUUAAGAAUACCAAUGUUAGACUUAAAGACACUGUUAACCAGCUGAGAUCCAGCCGGAAUUUCUGUAUUGAUAUUGUUUUGUUGUGUAUAAUUUUGGGAAUUGCUGCCUACUUGUACAAUGUGCUGAAGAAGUGAAACGAUACAAAUGAUUACUUCACGCGUCUUUCCGGUGUGGUGUUAGAAUUCUACUUCCAUCAAUAUUCAUUUUGAGGAGUUGUCUUCGUGCUUGGCUUUAUUAUUUUUUUUUUCCAUUUGUUUAUCACAUGUUGCUCAUGUUCAAAUUUCGUACAUGUUAUUUUGCGUUUUCCACUUGCCAAAUCUGAAACACCACCAUUGGAAGAUUUGUUGUCCAUGUAUUGGAGAUGUCAACACUGAAUGGGUCUUGUUUAGUAUCUCUGUGUUCAAAGAGAUUGAAGAAGGGGGUGACCUUGUGUUGAUAGC